GUUUGGUUCCUUAAAGUGGAUUGCAGCUGUCAGUAGCACUCAGGGAAGCUUCAUUAGCCGUCAGGGUGGGAGGCAAGGCUGUGACUCAUGCCUGCGUGAAGAGACCAAUGGGCAGCCGGAUCCUCAGAUAUAAAUAACGAAUAAAAAUAUUCUUGAGUGAGAAAGGGUCACUUGCGCGCCGCCGGAUGGGAUUUUAUCAGUGCGCUCUGUUGAUAUUCCGCCAUCGCCACCACUGGACUGUUUCUUGUCGCGCCUUCGGGUGGCAGUUGUAACAUUUAAGUUGUACUUUGUCUGGACUCGACAACCUGUGCGCCCCGUGAGCCGCUGAAUAAUUCCCGCACCCGGAAACCAAAGUAACACAGGACUGAUGGCUACGUCUGAGCCGAGAGCCGCCGGCGGGGAACAAGACCCCAACUCAGCUAAUUUAAGACCUCCGACCACAACCAACGAAUACGCGUGGAUGCACGGAUGCACAAGGAAACUGGGGAUGAAGAUUUGCGGGUUCCUGCAGAAGAACAACAGCCUGGAGGAGAAGGGGAGGCUCGCGGGCCAGAAGAACUUGCUCUCUUGCGAUAACAGCGACAGGGACGCGCGCUUCCGCCGUACCGAGACCGACUUCUCCAACCUGUUCGCGAGAGACCUACUGCCGGCUAAAAAUGGAGAAGAGCCCACCAUGCAGUUUUUGCUGGAGGUGGUUGACAUCCUUACCAACUAUGUCAAGAAGACUUUCGACCGGUCUACAAAGGUUUUGGAUUUCCACCACCCUCACCAGCUCCUGGAGGGGAUCGAGGGCUUCAACCUGGAGCUGUCAGACCAGCCCGAGUCCCUGGAGCAGAUCCUGGUGGACUGCAGAGACACGCUCAAAUAUGGCGUCCGCACAGGUCACCCACGCUUCUUUAACCAGUUAUCUUCUGGCCUAGACAUUAUUGGUCUGGCUGGAGAGUGGCUCACCUCCACCGCCAACACCAACAUGUUCACCUAUGAGAUCGCCCCAGUGUUUGUGUUGAUGGAACAGCUGACUCUGAAGAAAAUGAGAGAGAUGAUUGGCUGGCCAAACGGAGAGGGUGACGGCCUCUUUUCCCCAGGGGGUGCUAUCUCCAACAUGUACAGUGUGAUGAUCGCACGGUACAAGUAUUUCCCAGAGGUGAAGACCAAGGGCAUGUCUGCUGCUCCCCGCCUUGUCCUUUUCACAUCUGAGCAUAGCCACUACUCCAUAAAGAAGGCUGGAGCUGCGCUGGGCUUCGGCACUGACAACGUGAUCCUGCUCAGCACGGAUGAGAGAGGGAGAGUCAUUCCUGCGGAUUUGGAAGCCAAAAUCCUCGACGCUAAACAGAAGGGUUAUGUGCCAUUGUUUGUGAAUGCAACAGCUGGUUCAACUGUGUAUGGAGCAUUUGACCCCAUCAAUGAGAUUGCUGACAUUUGUGAGAAGUAUAACUUGUGGCUCCAUGUUGAUGGUGCGUGGGGUGGUGGACUGCUGAUGUCUAGGAAGCAUCGCCAUAAGCUUAAUGGAAUUGAGAGGGCCAACUCUGUCACAUGGAACCCACACAAGAUGAUGGGUGUGCCUCUGCAGUGUUCAGCAAUCCUGGUCAGAGAAAAGGGAAUCCUAGCAGGCUGCAACUCCAUGUGCGCUGGCUACCUCUUCCAACCAGACAAACAAUACGACGUUACAUAUGACACAGGGGACAAGGCCAUCCAGUGUGGCCGGCAUGUGGACAUCUUUAAAUUCUGGCUCAUGUGGAAAGCCAAGGGCACCACUGGGUUUGAGCAGCACAUUGACAAGUGUUUGGAUCUGUCUCAGUACCUAUACAACAAGAUCAAGAACAGGGAGGGAUAUGAGAUGGUGUUUGACGGAGUGCCGCAGCACACCAAUGUUUGCUUCUGGUACAUUCCACCCAGCCUGAGAGGCAUGCCAGAUGGAGAUGAGAGGCGAGAAAAACUCCACAGGGUGGCGCCAAAGAUCAAGGCCAUGAUGAUGGAGUCAGGGACCACCAUGGUGGGCUACCAGCCUCAGGGCAAUAAAGUAAACUUCUUCAGAAUGGUCGUCUCCAAUCCUUCGGUCACCCAGUCUGACAUCGACUUCCUCAUCGAUGAGAUCGAGAGGCUCGCCCACGACCUGUAGAUCUCACAGCCAUCGCUGCUCCAGGGCCUUCCCGGAGUCUGUGAUCGAUUUUACUGCAAAAGCGAACGCCAGAGUGAAACAUUCACAGUGCUGCAGUCCGAGAAAUAAUAGGACACGUUUUAGGUUCUUUCUUUCCGGUCUGCCUUUGCCUGCAGCACUCUAAAUGUUUUCACCGCUGGAAAGAAACGAGCAAUGAGAGAGCCUCUGGAGUUUCUUACUAGCUCUGGCCCACAUAGGUACUUCUAUAGAAAGAAAAAAAAAAAAAUAUAAA